AUGUUAAUACAAAUGAUUGGUGAAUCUGUAGAAGAUGAUGAUGGAGAAGGAGACGAUGGUAAUGAAGAUGACGAAGAUAAUGGAGACGGAUUUAUAGAGGAAGAUGGAGAAGGAGAUAAUGAUGAAUUUAAAGAUAGAGGCAUAGGAAAAAUAGAUAAUGAAGGAUUCAUAGAAUUAUAUGAACAGAGAAGAGCAGCAAUUGUAUUAUUUGUUGUAACUGUCGUUUCCAGGCUGGAAUCAAAAAGGGGAUUUUAG